UGUCUGCAGGAGCAGGAGCAUGAAUGCGCAUGCGCACAGAGCUGUCAGCGUGCACAGCAGGUGUUGGAGCUGGAGUCAGGCAGCAGGAGCCAGUGCCAGUCCCACACCUGACAGCAGCAUGUCUGAAAAAGGAGCCUUCGACACCAACGUGCAGACCCUCACCAGGUUUGUUCUGGAGGAGGGCAGGAGGGCCCAAGGAACAGGUGAGCUGACAAACCUGAUAAACUCCAUCUGCACGGCUGUCAAAGCCAUCUCCACUGCUGUCAGGAAGGCUGGGAUCGCUAACCUUUAUGGCAUUGCUGGAAGCACCAAUGUGACAGGGGACCAAGUGAAGAAGCUGGACGUCCUGUCCAAUGACCUGGUCAUCAACAUGAUCAAGUCCUCUUUUUCCUCCUGUGUGCUGGUGUCAGAGGAGGACGAGAAGGCCAUCAUCGUGGAACCAGACAAGAGAGGAAAGUACAUUGUGUGCUUUGAUCCACUGGACGGCUCCUCAAACAUUGACUGCCUUGUCUCCAUUGGAACAAUCUUUGCCAUCUACAAAAAAAGCACAGAUGAUGAGCCCACUGAGAAUGAUGCCCUGCAGCCUGGAAGAAACAUUGUGGCGGCUGGUUAUGCUCUGUACGGCAGCGCCACCAUGAUGGUUCUGUCCACUGGUCAAGGAGUCAACUGCUUCAUGCUUGACCCUGCCAUCGGUGAGUUCAUCUUGGUAGACCGAAACGUAAGGAUCAAGAAAAAGGGCAAAAUCUACAGUUUGAAUGAAGGAUACGCACAGCAUUUUUAUCCCGAUGUGACAGAGUACCUGCAAAAGAAGAAAUAUCCAGAGGAUGGCUCUGCUCCUUAUGGUAGCCGAUAUGUAGGUUCAAUGGUAGCUGAUGUUCAUCGUACUUUGGUGUACGGAGGGAUCUUCUUAUACCCUGCCAAUGUGAAGAGUCCCAAAGGCAAGCUGAGGCUGCUGUAUGAAUGCAACCCCAUGGCCUUCAUCAUGGAGCAGGCAGGAGGUCUAGCCACCACAGGAUCCAUGAAUGUUUUGGACAUCCAGCCCACCACUAUCCACCAGCGGGUCCCUGUGGUCCUGGGCUCCCCAGAUGAUGUCCAGGAGUAUCUUAACAUCUACAAGAAGCACGCCAAAUGAGUGUCUUUGAAUUUUGCAGGUCAGUCGGGUAGUGAAAAACAUAAAGGUGGCUACCAACACAGCUGAGAGGCUCAGUCAGGACAUUAACUGUGAAAUAACACAACCAAGACCUUCAAAGGACCCACUAAGUCUGCCUCAGACCAUGCUAAUUCCAGCAUUAGUGUGUGUGUGUUAUUUGUCUUACCCUUUUUUAAAUAAAGACAAAUGAAAAGA